GAGGGGAAAACUGUGGAGUCUGGUUCGAAGAAAAACCUCUCCCGAAUUGUAGGGUUUUGAGGUUUCUCUGUUUUCGUCUCCGUCGUGUGUUUGUCGGAAUAAAUUUCAGCGAAGAACAAAUGCCUCGCACAACCACCGUCGAUUGCCCCGGCUGUCCCCCUCUUCGUGCUCUCACCUUCGACUCUCUCGGCCUCACCAAAGUGAUCGAAGCUCGGGGUAGUGAGAGAGGGACUGCAGCCGUGGUCGAUAGAUGGGGCGACCCGGAUUCUUCGAGAUGUGUUCUUGCUGCUUCUGUGGAUGACCGACACAAAGACCCGCUACUGGCCGUCGCAAGAAAGAACGGUUCUAUUGAAGUUCUUAAUCCUCUCAAUGGCGAUCUUCACUUUGCAUUCUCUGUAUCUGGUGAUGAUGGCUGCCAAUCUGAGGAUGAUGAAGUUACUGGUUUGCAUUUAUUCAGAAAUCAUAGAGUGGAUCAGGAAAAUAGGGUUUGCAGGUUGCUCACAUGCAAGAAAAAGGGAGAUGUGAGCAUCAGAUCAAUCAAUUUCGCGAAUGGACAUGAGGAUUCUAUGGAUAACACUUCUCCCGAAUGUUGGAAAGCAUGUGGUUCGGGUGAAUUAUCGUUCGGUAAAGUGGAUGGAAGUGAAAACUUUGCCUUAUUUGGAGGGAAACGGGUUGAAGUCAAUAUGUGGGAUCUUGAUAAUUCUGCUAAGAUAUGGACUGCAAAAUCGCCCGCUAAGAACAGUCUCGGAAUCUUUACUCCGACUUGGUUUACAUCUGCCACAUUCUUGAGUGAUGACAGUCACCAUAAAUUUGCCGCUGGAACUAACAGUCACCAGGUUCGUGUAUAUGACAUUUCUGCCCAGCGUAGACCGGUUCUGUCUUUUGAUUUCCGUGAGACAGCCAUCAAAUCGAUAGCCGAAGACCCAGAUGGUCAUACUAUUUACGUUGGGAAUGCUUCAGGCGACCUCGCCUCCUUCGAUAUACGCACCGGAAAGAUGAUGGGAUGCUUUGUGGGGAAGUGUUCAGGAAGCAUAAGAGCCGUAGUUAGGCAUCCACAUCAUCAUGUCAUUGCAUCUUGUGGAUUAGAUAGAUACGUACGAGUAUGGGACGUGAAGACAAGACAACUCCUUUCUUCGGUUUUCUUGAAGCAGCAUCUCACGGGUCUCGUUUUCGACUCGGGAUUCAGUGGCAGCGUAGGAGGAGCGGUUGCGGCUGAAGGGAAUACGGGAGAGCGGACUGCCGGGGACGAGGAGAGCGGAGAUGAAGUGGAAACGGAGAGAGUUUCCGUGAAAACAAAGAAGUCGAAGAAGAAAGAGAAACGAAGCAGACAGAAGGUGGGAGGGGAGAAGAGCAAGAAGAUGAGACACGACCAGGACUAAGUUUUUUUCUUUGGCGGGUUUUGAUAUUUUCGUUAUAGUCCGGUCUGAAUAUGGAUCUCUGUUGUUGUUCCUGCAGUUGAAAAAAAGAAAGUAAAACUGUUGUUUUUUACAUUUCUCUCUGCAUCAAUGUUUUGAAAUUUAGUGUA